AUGAGCUUGCCGUGGGCAGAGCGCGCCCGGGAGCCGCCGGGGCCGCCCGAGCCGCCGCCGGGCCCGGAGCAGAGCGGGUGCGGCGGCUUCGCCCCGGGCUCGUGGCUCGGCGUGUGCUGCGCCGCCCGCCUGCCCGCCGCCGCCGCCUCGCCGCGCUACCUGCUGCCCGGGGAGGACGAGGAGGCGGCGGCGGAGGGCGGCGCGGCGCGGGGCGGCGGGAGCAGCCCCGGCGGGGCGCGGGGCGGCGGGCGGCCGCGGGGCGGCGGCGGCGGCCCCGGGCUGCGGGCGCAGGUGAGCGGCGUGCAGAAGCAGCGGCGGCUGGCGGCCAACGCGCGGGAGCGGCGGCGGAUGCACGGGCUGAACCACGCCUUCGACCAGCUGCGCAAUGUCAUCCCCUCCUUCAACAACGACAAGAAGCUCUCCAAGUACGAGACGCUGCAGAUGGCUCAGAUCUACAUCAGCGCCCUGGCCGAGCUACUGCACGGCCCCGCCGCCCCUCUCGACGCCCCCGGCAAGGCCGAGCACCGCGGGGCCCCCUUCGAGCCGCCCUGCGCCGCCGCAGGGGCUGGAGCGCCGCCGGGGCCACCGGCGCCGCCGCCGGGGCCGCCCAGAGCGUCGCCCCCCGGGCAAGGCAGGACUCGCUUCCCCCCUCCGCCGGCCGCGGGGGGCUACUCGGUGCAGCUCGACCCGCUGCACUUCUCCUUUGCGGAGGGCGCCCUGAUGGGACAGAGAGCCCCUUCCCCCGCCCUCCUCAUGCCGCAGCCCGGGCAGCCGCCGCAGGAGAGGAGCAAGACGUCACCCCGGUCCCACAGGAGCGACGGGGAGUUCUCGCCCCGCUCCCACUACAGCGAUUCGGAUGAGGCCAGCUAAGGCAGGGGUGUCGUCCCUGGCACCCCCCAAGGCCGCCCCUCGAAGCACAGACUCCGCCGUGGGGUGAGCAGCCGAACGCGGUGCCGCCACGGACGGCAUCGGCUCCCCUCGGUCGCUUUGAAAUCCACCCCUUCGUCUCCCACCCCGGCAGCCCCUGGUUUGUCCAGGGGGGAUGGCUGUUAGCGAGUGACUGUACCCGCCCUGUCUCUCAGGGUCGGUUGGUUUGUUUUCAUUUUUAGUUAACACUUCGAAAGUUUCUUUCGCCUAGAAGUCGUUGCCGUUCCCUCCUGCCAACACGCCACCUCGCAGCGCGGAGCCUGGCUCGCCCCGUCGGCGAGCAGGUGAUGCGCAGGGAGAAAGCCUGGCCCCGGGGGUGCCGCGAUGCCGCCGGCGCCAUCCCCACCCGGCCGUGAACCCGCCCUGACACCCCCGUCUUCCAGGACACCGAUCCUGCCGUGGGUCGUAUUGCUGUGGAAACACACACACACACACACACACACACACACACACACAAAGUCAAUAACGCACCGUCUUAACCUGUAAAUAGCGGAGAAAAUUUGGAUGUUCCUUAGAGCACCAUGUCGGCGUCUUUUGUGGGGGAAACUUGGCGCAAGCACUUUAUCAGCGGCUGGAGAUGCAGUUUCAAGAGGAAAGCUACUAACUGCCAAUUGGAGACCAAUAUUUAAUUAAGCCACUUAAUCAUAACGCUCUCUUAAAAACGAAACCAGUUUUGUCGUGUCAAACUUUUAUGUCCGUUUUAUCUUCCUUUUGUGGUAAUAGGAAACGUAUUUAUUAUGCAGUGUUUGCAAUUCUUUCUGCUUCUCUCUUUUUUUAAAAAAAAAUUCUUUUCUACGACAAGAAUCGUUUAUUUUGAUUUUAGCAAA